AUGCGCGAAGGCAGUACCCUGGCGAUCGAGACAUCAUGCGAUGAUACGUCGGUAGCCGUGCUAGUCAUUUCAGGCCACCAAAACCGCACGUCCCUGCGAUCCGAGGUGCUGUUUCACGAAAAGAUCACCGCGAACUCGCACAGCCAUGGCGGCAUCCAUCCACUAGUCGCCCUGGACUCGCAUACGAGAGAGCUGGGUGGACUCGUCCAGAAAGCUUUGCGUCAGCUGGCGUUAUCUCCCGCACGCAAGGAGUGGAAGCCGGACUUCGUGAGCGUUACCCGCGGUCCGGGCAUGCGCUCGAAUCUGAACGUUGGACUGCACGUUGCCAAAGGACUUGCUCUCGCUUGGAAUGUACCUUUGGUCGGUGUCCAUCAUAUGCAAGCCCACGCUCUCACCGCGCGACUGUGCGCGACACUGGAGGCGCAAGAAGGGAUGGGGCGGACUGAUCUGCGGCCUCGAUUUCCAUUCCUGAGUCUUCUCGUCAGUGGCGGCCACACCAUGCUGAUCGACUCCCAAGCUUUGGUCGACCACCGUAUACUUGUGGAAACGCAAGACAUCGCGAUUGGAGACUUUCUGGAUAAAGCUGCCCGAGCAAUUCUGACGGAAGCAGAGCUGAAAGCGCCAUACGGUAGAGCUCUUGAAACGUUCGCCGACCCGUCGGGCAGCUGGGACUACUCCUGGUAUACUCCACCCGAGGGUCGACAGCAAGAACUCGACCGUCGUCCGACAGAAUACGGCUGGUCUCUCGGUCCCCCUUUAGCCGACAGCAAGUUCGGCGAGAAGAGCAAUCGAAGGAUGAUAUAUUCGUUUUCCGGCCUGUUGAGCACGGUGCAGCGACUGACCGGGCGUGGUGCGAAGGACGGCGGGAGUACGCCAAUGUCCACUCCAGAGCGCCGUGAGCUCGCGAGAGAGGCACAAAGGGUCGCAUUCGAGCACUUGGGCUCCCGCAUCCUACUGUACCUACAGUCCCAGCGCAGCCUCAGCCCUGCUACGCCUCUGCCAGAGAUGAUCGUAGUAUCCGGAGGUGUGGCAUCGAAUCAGUUCCUACGACACGUUCUGCGCAGCAUGUUGGACGUCAGAGGGUACUCGAACAUACAAUUGCUCUUCCCGCCGGUCGAACUCUGUACAGACAAUGCGCUGAUGAUCGCUUGGGCGGGCAUGGAGAUGUUCGACGCCGGGCACGAGAGUGAGCUAUCCAUCGAGCCGCUCCGGAAAUGGAGCAUGGAUCCCGCCGCCGAGGAUGGGGGCAUCUUGGGCGUGGGAGGAUGGAGCGCAGUGCAGAGGCCAGGGCAUCAGGAAUGA